CGACGUCUGCACACUGUUUCUACUGGAGUUAUGGACAAUCUAAUCGCCAAGGGUGGUGCUUUAGGAUUUGCGCGGAAGAGGCGGCGAAUACACCGUGACGAUCCGAAACGAAAACCGGAUCCUUCGACUAUUACAUCCACAUCCACAUCGAAUGACCGCACUUUGAGCUCCGUUGCAUUGCAUACGAACCUACCGAAAUCUCUGCGUUUGGACUCAUUACCUUUGGAGGGGACCCUCAAAUAUUCGCACAUACAGAACAAGAAACUCCGUGCACAACUCGCUCGACAAUCGGCACAGUCUGCACGGGCAAAGGCUCUCGUCAAAGAUGCGGAAUUAUUGCUUACCGAGGAGGCAGGCAUGAUGGAGCUAGAGGAAGAGCUAGAGAGGACAUGGAGAAUUGGACAAGACGAGAUUGCUCAUGCGGCAGGACAGGAGGCAGCGAAAGGAAGGAAAGAAUGGAAAUUAGAUGGUGGCCCGUACCGCUCGAGGUACACACGGAAUGGAAGGCAUCUCGCGAUUGUCGGUAGGAAAGGCCAUGUCGCUACCUUUGACUGGCAGACAGGGACGAUGCAUGCAGAGCUGCAGUUGCGUGAGACAUGUAGAGAUAUCACGUUCCUCCAUGAUCAUACACAUUUCGCUGUGGCGCAGCAGAAAUACGCCUACAUAUAUGACCGAGAUGGCGUCGAACUCCACUGCCUAAAGGCACAUAUCGAGCCUACAAGAUUAGAAUUUCUUCCCUUCCACUGGCUGCUGGCGAGCAUUGGUAAUGCGGGCUAUCUCAAAUACCAAGACACGUCCACCGGACAGCUCCUAGUCGAGCACCGUACCAAGCUUGGGGCGUGCAAUACCAUGACGCAGAACGUGCACAACGCCGUCAUCCACCUGGGCCACCAGAACGGGACUGUCACUCUCUGGACGCCGAAUCUUUCCCACCCUGCCGUGCGUCUGCUCGCGCAUCUUGGCCCUGUCGUCAGCGUCAACGUGGACCCGAGCACUGGCGGGCGAUACAUGGCAACCGCAGGCCAGGAUGGCGUGGUGAAGGUGUGGGACUGCCGAAAUUGGAAAGGAGCAGUGAGACAGUGGAAUGCAAGGGGAGGCGGCGGAGAGCUUGAGUGGAGCCAGAAAGGCGCGCUUGCGGUUGCCACGGGAGGGAGCGUGAAUGUGUACACCAAACCCUCGAUACAGACGCCUUUCAGCGCAUCAGUGUCACCGCCGCUGUACCUCACCCAUCCGAUACCCCAUAGACCGCUAUCCUCCGUUCGGUUCUGCCCAUUUCAUGAUAUUCUUACCAUCGGACACGCAAAGGGUCUCUCGAGCAUCCUCGUCCCCGGAUCCGGCGAGCCGAACUUCGACAGCGCCGAAGCAGAUCCGUUCGAGAACAAGCGGGCGAGGCGGGAGAGGGAGGUCAAGAGUCUGCUGGACAAGAUUCAACCCGACAUGAUCAUGCUGGAUCCCGAGUUUGUCGGCUCGCUGGCUCCGCCGCCGAAACUGUCAACUGCGGUGGAUGGCGAUGCGGAUGUCUCCUUCGCACGCCUGCCUCGGCUCGAGCGCUUGCGUGUGCAAGGCAAGGCUGAUGAGACCGAGGAGGGUGACGAACAAGAUGGCGAAGGAGAUGCAGAAGACGGCGAUAAGGCUAACCGGAAGCUCACGCGCGAAGAGAAGGAGAAGAAGAAGAUGCGGGGGAAGAACAAGGCGCUCAAAAGAUAUCUGCGUAAGCAACGCAAAAACGUGGUCGAUCCACGGGCGGUCGCAGUUAAGGCGAGGCUCGACAAGCAGAGAAAGGAAAGAGAAAGAGCCAAGACCGCUGCAAUUGCGACAGAGGAGCCGCGGAAACCGUCAGCGCUGGAUCGCUUCAAGAGGCCUGCUUGAUAGUAUCUCUUUUGGUAUUAAAAUGUGCUGUGACGUAUUACAUAGCGCAGCAAUUGAGCACGAAUAGGCCCUCGACUGAUUCAACAAUUUGUAGGAUGGAUCUGAUCAAAGCACUUUCAUUUAGUAAGC